GUGGGAGAAGAACGAUGAGAACAGGAGAAAUGCAGGAACACUAAACAUUCAGUCCUGGAUUUUCUGAUUUCACAAGAAGGAUCACACAGGUUACAUAAAAAGACCGAUGGCUCUCCCUGACCAUGCAAACUGCAUCAGACAUGGGGAUGAGAUGCCCUCUUUUCCAGACAUUAUUGAGCUCAAUGUGGGUGGACAAGUAUACAUCACUCGUUAUCCCACUCUGGUGAGUGUUCCUGGUUCACUUCUGUGUGAGAUGUUUGGUCAGAAGAACACUCGGCUAUUAGCCAGGGACAGCAAAGGACGCUUCUUUCUAGAUCGGGAUGGUUUUCUCUUUCGAUAUGUCUUGGAUUAUAUGAGAGAUCAGCAACUGGUGCUUCCUGAUCACUUUCCAGAGAGAAGUCGGCUACAAAGAGAGGCAGAGUAUUUCAAACUUCCAGAGAUGGUAAAGAUCUUGGCACCUAAAGUCAGCAAGCAGAAUUCAGUAGGAGAUGACCCAUUUCAAAGUGAUUCUGAGGAGCAGUCCCCCAAUGCUGAGGUUACCAGGAACUUGGCAUCUGUGAGUGCAGUUCUUGCAUCAUCUGCUGCCAAUCCCUCCACUAUGCCAGACCUUCGUCGCUCUGGCUUCAUUACAAUUGGGUACAGAGGUUCUUAUACUUUGGGCAGGGACAGUCAGACAGAUGCUAAGUUUCGUAGAGUGGCACGGAUCAUGGUUUGUGGUAAAACAUCAUUAGCCAAGGAGGUCUUUGGAGACACAUUAAAUGAAAGUCGAGACCCUGACCGCCCCCCUGAAAGAUAUACAUCCAGGUACUAUCUGAAGUUUACAUUCUUGGAACAAGCUUUCGAUAGGCUCGCAGAUGCAGGAUUUCAUAUGGUGGCUUGCAACUCUACUGGAACCUGCGCCUUUGCCCAUGAGCAAACAGAUGAUAAGAUCUGGACAUCUUACACUGAAUACGUUUUUUAUCGUGAGUGAAACACACCAAAACCCCACAUUGCUCUCCCAUCCCUCUUCUCCUCUCCUUUUUAUCCUGCUGAAUUUAAUGUAGGAGUAGACUACAUUCAAACAUCCAGCAGCUAUCUUUAAUAUCCAACAUUUUAAACCCAUGUCCUCCUCUAGACUACAGCCCUUUCCGCCUCCAAAAGAACUUGGCCUUCAAUGUGACUGUACGGAGAUGCCAUUCCUUGCUGAAUUUCCUUCUCCUAUCUGAACCCAAAUUUCCCAGCAAAUAUGUGUAAUUGGUAUUUAUGUUUACAAAAAAUGGUUAAGCCUAUUUGUUAUGUUCAUGGAUGGGGUGUACACUCCAUUUUCUUUUGAUUAAUCUAUAUCACUAGGCUGUUUAAUUCUAGAAGGAAUUUUAUGUUCCAAAACAUACACAUAGAUGUUGAUGUCUGGCACAUGUAUCCUACACAUUUACAUAAUGAGUAUGUAACUUUUAUGGCGUUUCUACAGUUUAUGAAAAAAGCUCUCAGCCAUAUGAUAUUCCAAAAUGUAAUUUUGCACAGAUUGCAUAAGACUUGUGCUCCAAAUUCACUGUGAACUGUUAAUCAUAUUUAGAACUUUGGAAAAUUAAUCAAUAUUGCUUGUUAACCUUGUUGCUUGUGGUCUAACCCCAGAAAGCACCUAUCACUGUGACUUUCAUUUGACUGCUUUUCCAAUCUGUAUAAAAGCAGUGUAUAGUGAGCAAUUAUUUCCUUUUACCUAUUUGUAGCCAUAACAAGAUUGUAUCUUAGGGAUUAGAUGUGGAUAUCUGUAAUUUACCCAAGGAAGUAUAAAGACAAUGCAUAUUAACAGCAAAUUUGCAACAAGAUACAUUAAGAAUAUCUUUUUUAGCACCUUUUAUAUAAGUAAUAUUCAUCACUCAUCUGUCUAGACUGAGAAAGAGGUGAAUCACAGUUGGUAGAAACAGCAAACACAUCAUGAUAAGGUCUGAGGACUGGACAAGAAAUAUAGACACAAUGAGUAUUUGCACUUAAGAAUGAGAGUCUUCUGUUUCCAUUUUUUUUCCUGACGUCUGUUAUCUAAAGUAUGUUUUUAUCAAAUUGGGGUUACACUAGGUUGUUGAAGGCCAGAGUCUCCUAAAGUAGAUUCCUGAGUGUCUUUAGACUUUACUGGUGCACAACCAAAAUUAGAUGCAGAAACUAUACCAUUUAUUUUCUAGUAUACAGAGAUGACUAUAUAAGUAUAACUGCAGACUGUAUAACUGUGUAACAUAUGCAUGACUGCCACCUGAAUGUGGGAUUACAUGUUAUAUAAUAGAUUCCAGUAUAAGGGAUUA